AUGGCACCACAAUUCUCUACUGGGCUGAGCAUGCCGAAUAAAAAGCCAGCCCCGAAGCCAGGAAAUCCGCUCGGACAAAAGCGCAAGAACAUUUUCGAUGACGACUCCGACGAUGAAAGCAAACCUAAUGACAACAGCGAAGUCGAAUUAUCUACCCUGGGUGGCCUGGACGAUCCAGCUCCGGCCCCCAAACAAUCAAAAGCAGGACCGCCACUCAAACGAAAGAUGCAACUAGGCGCUGGCAAACCGAGCUCUAAGCCGCUAAACAAGAACUCGAUUUUCGCCAACGACGAGGAGGAAGAUGAGCAAAAGGAUAAAGAACGCCAGGGUGGGGUACAAUUCGGGUUAAAUCAAUCCAAGGCUAAAAAUUUCGGCGGUCCUCCCAAAGACUUCACCAACCUCUCUGCGCUACACAGCAGUAGAAAGCACGCGAAAGAGGCCGAAGAACUGGACCCUUCAAUCUACUCCUACGAUGCCAUCUACGAUAGUCUGCACGCCAAGCCCGACAAGUCCAAAUCCGAGGCCAAGAGUGAAGUACCAAAGUACAUGGAAAACUUGCUACGGAGCGCUGAAAUCCGCAAACGAGACCAGCUCAGAGCGCGCGACCGACAACUGGCACAGGAACGUGAAGCCGAGGGUGACGAAUUUGCAGACAAGGAAAGCUUCGUUACGGGCGCCUACAAGGCCCAGCAGCUCGAGAUGCGCAAGGUUGAAGAAGAAGAGGCAAAGCGGGAGAAGGAGGAAGAAGAGCGACGGAAGAAGAAUGGCGGAUCUGGGAUGGUUGGUUUCUAUCGUGACGUCUUGUCGCGAGAUGAAGCCAAGCACAGCGAGAUUGUCAAAGCUGCAGAAGAGGCAGCUCGACGAGUCAAGGAUGGAGAGCUUCCCGCUGACACCGCAGCCGACGCUUCAGCAGAAAAAACAGAGGCUCAGAAGGCGGCGGAGCUUAAUGCACAUGGUGCUCGUAUUACGGUCAACGACGAAGGCCAGGUUGUUGAUAAGCGCCAACUGCUAUCUGCUGGCUUGAACGUGGCUCCGAAGCCGAAGACCGACGCUGCAAAGUCGGCUACUGCUCGUGGACCGGUGGGACGCACUGGGCCUCCUGCUGGCUACCAAGCAGGUCGUGGUGCCCAGCGCGCUCGCCAGACCGAGAUGGUCGCACAGCAAUUAGAGGAUCGUGCUCGGCAGGAGGAGGAAGCCGAAGCAGCGAAACAAAAAGAGAUGGCAGAAAAGAAUCGCAGUCGCAAGACGGAAGGGGAGGUUUCCAGUGCCAAAGAGCGGUUCUUGGCCCGAAAGAGAGAGCGAGAGGAGGCUGCUGCUGCCGCAAAGAAAGCCAAAUGA